CGGCCACAAAGCCUUUGUCAAAGGACCCCGAAAAAAAAAACACUCGGGCAUUCACGGUAGUACCGUGUACGCGUGAUUCCCACACCAGGCAGAAGAACCGACAGUGACCACGGGCUGGCUUCGCAUGCAUUGCACGCCUACUAACGAAACUUCAAAAGGGCUUUAAUUCGUUACGACGGGUGCGCUGUUAUCCACUGCAUACUGCACGCCUAAUGUCUGGAUGUAUGAUCUGCUGAAACCCACACCGGGGACGGGUUGACAUUGGCCUCAAAGCUGAAUUUCAACACAUCAUUACUUUCCGCAAUCAGCUCGCCAAAGGACACCCUCCAUUCGGUGGAGACGUGUUCCCAAAACUCAUUUCAUAUUUCGCGUCCAACCACCAACACAGCUCAAGAAACCCCUGAUAUCAAGGGCGAUGCGUGUGCUUUUCCAAGCCCUGCUCGUACUCCUGGUUGCUCUGCUUGUAAGCUGCAACGAGGCUGCCAACCCGACCAAGAAACAACUCACAAUUGUUACCACGAACUCUACCGCUACUGCCAAGGCCCUUCAGAAGUUUUUCAACGACGACGCUAAGCAGAACGAGAGCAAUGGUUUUCUCAAGGUUGUGACUCUCUCGUCAAGCAAUGAAGAACGUGCUAGCGCAGGUGCAAUCACAUCUGGACAAGGCCCACGUGCCGGAGCAGGAACUACAGUGGUGGCUAAUGACGCAUCAUCGGGCGAGACAGUGACUGUGACGGUCUACAACAACAACGGACUCUGGCAACGUUUCUUGCGGUGGUGGAAUCGACUAUUCACAGGGUCUGCUGCGAACUCGACUCGCACCCUUCGAACCGAUAAUUGAUACGCAUUAGAGAACCCGUUUGUAUUGUUUACCCACUCCCCCAACCAGCUGCAGCUUCAUGGUUGUUUAAACUUGCGCAAGGAGUACACGGAUACCUGGCAUGAUGCCAGUAAUGAAUGAUAUAAAAAAAAUCUUCAUCUUUCAAUACCUCUUUCGAGC